AUGGGCCAUGAGGCAACUGGCAGGGUCAUGAAAGUGGGAGAAAACGUAGUCAAUUUCUGCAUAGGGGAUCCUGUAGGAUUUCUUGCCUCCAGAGGGUGUUUUGAAUGUGUUCAGUGUAGGACAUAUUCAAGUUACGGAUGCCCAAAAGGUUUGGAAGCCCAAGGUUUCACGUGCAAUGGGUACCUCCAGGAGUAUAUUGUUGUCGAUGCUCGAAGCGCGGCUAAGUUUCCCCCCAGUCUGGAUGUCGCAAGAUCAGCUCCACUCUGCUGCGCGGGCGUAACUGCGUACAACGCCAUCAAAGAGUGUCUUCCAGAAGCAGGAAAGUGGCUGGCAGUCUCCGGGACGGGGGGUGUGGGUAAGAUGGCAAUACAGUACGCCAAAGCAAAGGGCUUCAAGGUCGUCGCAGUGGAUAUCGAUAAGGAUCAGCUCGGUGACGCAGAGCGAGCUGGAGCUGACGAAACGUUCAUGCCAAGUGAUCUUUCACCCGAUCGCGUGGCGAUGUUUCGUGAGAAAACUAGAGGCGGUGUUGAUGCCGCAGUCAACUUUACAUCUUCAAGCCAAUCAUAUACUGACAUGCAGGGCUUGAUCAAGUUCAACGGCAUUCUUAUGGUGGUGGGUAUUGCUGACUAG